AUAAAAAGGAGGAGGAAGGAGAGGGAGGGCCACCGUGCAUCAGGGACACUGCUCAGACAGACACAGGAUACAGGGACAGUCACACUGGUGGACAGAUCUGCACCGUUACAGAGAGUUAAAAGGAACAACCCUUACAUAACAGGAUGGCAGACAAAAUCAAGGACGCCAAGAUCAUCUUUGUUGUGGGCGGGCCUGGCUCUGGCAAGGGCACCCAGUGUGAGAAGGUGGUGGCCAAGUAUGGCUACACCCACCUGUCCUCCGGGGACCUGCUGCGUGCUGAGGUGGCCUCCGGCUCUGAGAGGGGCAAGACCCUCCAGGCCAUCAUGCAGAAGGGAGAGCUCGUACCCCUGGACACAGUCUUGGACAUGAUCAAGGAUGCCAUGAUCGCUAAGGUUGACGUGUCCAAGGGCUUCCUUAUUGAUGGCUACCCCCGUGAGGUCAAACAGGGCGAGGAGUUCGAGAAGAAGAUCGGAGCCCCCUGCCUGCUGCUGUACAUUGACGCCAAGGGUGAGACCAUGGUCAAGAGGUUGAUGAAGCGCGGUGAGACCAGCGGCCGAGCUGACGACAAUGAAGAGACCAUUAAGAAGCGCCUGGACCUGUACUACAAAGCCACCGAGCCAGUCAUCGCCUUCUACUCCAGCCGCGGCAUCGUCAGGAAGAUCGACUCCGAACUGCCUGUGGAUGAAGUCUUCGGACACGUUGCCAAAGCUAUCGAUGGCCUGAAGUAAAAAGCAAACAUGACUGGAUCUAAAUACAUUUUUUGUUAUUUUUUUCUAAAUGUUCAUCUUAUGCCGAAAAAAAGCAACAAUCUGCUGAGCCACCUUGGUUAUAAUGAAAGGCCAUUAAAGAACAGCUAUGCCUUAAUUCAACACUGUA